AUCAUUGAAAGACAUGGAAGAGAUCAACGCGAACGCGUUUGUUCCAUACAGUGAUACCUUGCAAGAGCUAUACAUAACUCAGAUGAGCAGUCUCAAGAGUCUGAACAAAGACGUCUUCCGACAUCUGCCGCACAUCCAGACUGUAACAAUAUCACAAGUGCCCAACAUGAGGGUGUUGCCCAACCAUUUGUUCUCUCCAGCCAAUCACCUUAAAGUAUUGAGAGUAAUCCACACCGGACUGGAGAACAUCCCGGCUUUUAAGGCUUUGGGGAACAACUUCAUCAUGCAUAUGGUAGAUUUCGAAAGCAACAAAAUAAAAUGUCUCAAGAAGAAUUCAGUCCGAGUUAGAACUGAGCAGUUCUUGCUUGCUUACAACAAGAUUUCGCGGGUUGAGGAAUGGGCCUUCAACGGAUCAGAAAUAGGAAAACUGAGUUUCAGAGGCAACCGGGAACUGACCGACCUCUCUCCAGACGCCUUCAGAGGACUAACUAGCCUUAGAGACCUAGACCUCUCUGAGACAUCCAUCACUUAUCUGCCAACUGUGGGACUGGAAGGGCUAGAAAUGUUGAGGCUAACGGAUACUUACACCCUCAAGAUCAUCCCCUCCAUUCAUGACCUAAAAAGCUUGCAGAAAGCGGAACUCACCUAUUCCUUCCAUUGCUGUGCGUUCAAGUACCCUGCUCGUCAUGAUCCAGCAAGACAUGCCAUGCACGAGAAAUAUCUGGCUACGGUUAAGGAGAUGUGUGAGGGUAACGAUAGGACGAAGAGAUUUGCCAGUGAAAAUUUCGGUGCCAUCAUCAUGGAGGGGCAGCCUAACUUCUUGCCCCCUCUCUCCGGGGAACAUACUUUCCACCACAACACUCAGCCUAUCAUGGUGCAAGAGGGGGUGCCUUUUAAUACGCAGACUGGCUACGACCAAAAUGAACCGGGGGCAGACAUGGGGUCCCUGGGAGGAUGGGCAGAUAUUGAGGCACCUGGACCUACCAGAUCUCAUUCGGACACUGAUGAAGUCUUUCACCAGACCUCAGCAAAGAUACCUCACUCUCAGCAACAGGCUAUUUGCGGCAACCUCACAUACAAAAGACCCCCAGUCCAGUGUUAUCCAGAGCCAGAUGCUCUGAACCCUUGUGAGGACAUCAUGGGUUCAGACUGGCUAAGGACCUCGGUAUGGCUUGUUAUCGGCACAGCGUUCCUCGGUAACACUGCAGUCCUCGUGGUUCUCAUCUCUGCUCGGAUCGAGACCUCGGUACCUCGCUUCCUUAUGUGUCACCUGGCCUUCGCUGACCUUUGUAUGGCUCUUUACCUUCUCCUUCUGGCAGUUACUGAUCUCCGAUCUACUGGGGUUUACUUCAACUACGCUUUUGACUGGCAGAGAGGUAGUGGGUGUCAAGUUGCUGGUUUCAUGACAGUAUUUGCUAGCCAGUUGUCCAUCUUUACACUAAGUCUUCUCACAAUAGAGAGGUGGUUUGCUAUUAGACAUGCUCUGUACACCAACAGAGUAGAUCUCACACUCGCUGGUAAGGUCAUGCUGGUGGGGUGGGCCUACGCUCUGCUGCUGGCUGCCCUACCACUGUUUGGUGUGAGCAGCUACUCUAGUACCAGCAUCUGCCUCCCAAUGGACACACACGACACUCUCUCUGUAGCCUACAUCCUCUACCUUUUGGCGUUUACUGGAGUAGCAUUUGUACUCAUCUGCUGCUGCUACACACAGAUCUAUCUUUCACUUGGAUAUGAGACAAGACAUCCUACAGGUGAAGGAACAGUUGCUCGCAAGAUGACCUUACUAGUGGGGACAAAUUUCGCUUGCUGGGCUCCCAUUGCUUUUUUCUCGCUCACUGCAGUUGCCGGUUACCCUCUCAUCGACGUUACUCGCUCUAAGAUUCUGCUAGUGUUCUUCUAUCCGAUUAACUCCUGUGCCAACCCUUACCUUUACGCCAUCAUGACAGCUCAGUACAGGAAAGAUUUGAUUCAACUACUUGCCAGAUACGGUCUCUGCACAAAAUGUGCACAAGAAUACAAGAUGGUGUACUCUCAGCCAGGCAAAAGCUCCACACUAUCUCACCUGCCCACUCCCUUACUGCAUCAGGACAGUAUUCAGACUGCUGAAGUGGCUGUGUGACAUAUUAAGACCAGACCCUGGAUGGGAUGAGAAAGACUGGAGCUCGUGAUUCUGAAUGGAACUCAGGGUGACGUGAGGGUGUGUCAGCCCUACACUUGUGUGGGACUACAAGAACAUCAUGUGAUUAAACGAUGGCUCACAUUGGGGCACUUCCUUCAAAGUCAAUGUGGACUGAUUCGAUUUAUGUAUUAAAAAGAAGCUACAAUAGCAUAUAUUUUCUUCGGCUAAAACAUUGAGUGUAAUAUUGUGUGACAAUGUGGGAAAUGUAUGUUGGUCAUGAAAUGUAUUUGUGAUAAUGAUUCAAUUAGUUCUGGUUAUUUUUAAUUAAUUGAAUAAUUUUAUCUAACUGACAGUAAUUAAAUGAAAAAUUUGGGUUAAGACUUUGUGAUAGUACCACCACACCAUUGACAAUUCACUAGGACUUUCAUCUUGCAGAUUUAUUUUAAUAUGAUAGUAUCAUAAAAGAUUUAUUAUAACAUUUGAAUCUUAGAACUAUUUUAACUUCGUAACAAUCAGCUAAAAAUAAAAAGUAGGUACAAUAUUAAGAUUUUAUCUAUCUCCUAUUUUUGAAAUUUUAAACCAUAAUGGUAGUACAAAAAUAUAACGACUCAAUAUUGGAUGACAUUAUAAGUAAUCAUGAAUAGAAUGGCUUCCAUUCCACAUAUUCAUGAUACAAUAUUAGGGUAUUCAUUUAAAAUUGUUAUUAUUUGGGCUUAUCCUACAAUUAUCUUUGCAUAAUCAACGUCUUACUGGACAUCAGGUGGUUAAACCUUUCAACCACCUGAUAUGAACUCUUCAUCUCAAAUUUAUCUUAUUAUUACAACAUACAAAAACCAGUUAAUAAAUAUGAUAAUAUGUGUAAUUACUGCAGUUUUAUUACAGUAAAACUGUAGUUUUUAAAUACAGAAUCGGAUAUUUUUUUGUAAUCACACAUUACAAUAAGAUUAAAGAGUCAUAUGGGACAAAUCCUGUGUGUGGCUCUGAGUUUUGUUAAAAUUAUUGCGAGCUUACUAAUAAAUAUAUGUUAAAGAGACAGAAAAGAAAACAAGAAACAACAGAGCACUGAAAAAUAAAAUGAACUUAGUAACAUAUUUACAGUAUUGGUUAAUUUAAAUAAGUUCAUACUAAGAAUGCUACAUAUUUGUUGUAACUACACCAACUGCAGUAAUUGGCUGUCACUACAGAAAUACUUUCCUUUCUUUAUAAUGUUCAAAGAUUUUUAAACCAGUUACUUUAUGAAAAUAAACCAAACAAAUGCAAAAUAUUAUAAAAUAUAUUGCACUAAAUAAAAAUGUAAAACCUUGGAUUUAAAUUUAAUUGGAAGUAGGGUAAAACAGUGGCAAUUCAAAAUUUAUCAAUUAAAAUACGUUAAAAUUUAUGAAGUGAAAGUUUGACUGUAUUUAGACUGUUAGACUGUUUGUAGAUAUUUUAAAUAUAUACAUACAAAUAAAUUAAACUGUUGCUUUGCAACAAUCUCACAUUAUCUUGUGUGUUCUGUCUGAAUACAGCUUGAAAUACUUGUAAAGGUCACAAAUUUGGGAAUCCCACAGAACAAAUUAAAGACCUGUCAUGUUUGAUGUUAAGCCCAAUUUUUCAAAACAUCAGCUUUGUUAUUUCCUAAAAUCCCUUUAAGGCGUGAAAUUCAACUAAGAGUAGGGUUGUUGAUCCUACUGAGAAGAAAUUAUCUGAUAACAAUCCAGACAAUUUUGUAGUUGAACAUCUUCAAAAACUAUCUCGUUAUUAAUAAAACGUAAAUAGGAAUACGCACAACAUAUAUGUACAUGGCAACAUCACUGAAUGUCUAAUACCCAUGCCACUUCUUAUGUUAUAGCCAUCAGCAAACCAUUUCAAUGCUUCUGGUGGAAAGGUAUUACUUCUCUAAGAGGUAUCAAUCAUUACCUUUAACAGUUUGGCAGAGGAAACCUUUUUUGCAUGUUAUCAAGGAUCAUGUGCAAAAAUAUCAUCUCUCUCCCUCUCAAGAUCACCAACAUAAUUUUACAGUUUCACCCAGAUACCAACCAGAGUCUUUCCUGCUGAAUACUAUAAGGGGUGAUUUUUCUUUAAUUUCAUCAACUGAAAUCUUCAUCCUUUCAGGGGUCUCUUGAGCUUCAGGAAAAGAAAAUAGUUGCCUGGAGCCAGGUCAGGUGAGUAGGGGGGCUGAGGGACGACAGUCAUUGCGUUCUUUGCACAAAACUCAUGGAUAACUAAUGCAGAGUGAACAGGAGUGUUGUCAUGAUGAAGAAUCCAAUCACCACUUUGCCACAGCUUGGUCUCUUUCUUCUCACAGCAUUAUGCAAUUGUCUUAGGGUUUCAAGAUAAACAAAACAAUUAAUUGUCUGACCUUGUGGAAAGAACUCAUAGUAGACAACACCUUUAUAGUCAAAGAAAACCGUAAGCAUGACCUUCACAUUUUAUUUCACUUGGAGAGCUUUCUUGGGUCUUGGAGAGCCUUUUGAUGUCAAUUGUGAUGACUGGGCUUUGUUUCCAUGUCAUAAAAAUAACCCAUGUCUCGUCUCCUGUAAUGACCUGUUUCAAGAAGCUUUUAUCAUUCGCCAUUUCAAGAAGUUCCUCAGAAAGCUGAAUUCGGUGUUGUUUGUGGUCUUGGGUCAACUGUUUUGGAAUAAAUUUUGUCUCAACACGACGCAUUUGAAGUUUUUCAGUUAAAGUUUCUUGACAUGAACCAAAUGAAAUGUUACAUUUUUAUGUCAUUUCACAGAUUAUUAGUCGAUGGUCUGAUCGUACGAGAGCGUUCAAUUCAGCAACAUUGUCAUCGUUGAUUGAUGUUGAAGGGCAACUGGAAUGAGCAUUAUCUUCUGUCGAUGUUCAGCCAUCUUUAAACCUCUUGUACCACUUAUGGCCAUGAUGACCUUGGGACUUUUCCUAUUGACAAAUGGUUAGCUCUUUUGAUUAAAAAGUUCAUAUUGACAAGUUAAUUUGUUACCUGAUAAGUUAAGUUGAAAUAUAAUUGUAAUCCGACCCUUAUUAUUGCAGGAUUCUUUACCUUCAGAUUUUCUUUGUACACAACCCAGUUUGUGUUUUUACAAUUUCUGUAGAUAACACCUUCUAACUUCAUUUUUGAAAUAUAAGUGAGUCUUGUUCAGAGAAGUAUGGCCUAUCAUCAGAUACAUACCAGUCUCAUAUUUUGUUGACCACAACUCACCCAUGUCAGGGAUUCCAAAAAUAUGAACUGCAACGCCCUGCUAAUACGAUAAUUUAAUUGAUAUAAGUUCACUUUUUAAGGUUCCGUGGUAUUAUCUGGAGGUCACUCUGUCCCUAUCUACUAUUUGUUAUUAGAUCUGGAUAGUGCAAAGGCAGCCACAACUGUCUGUGUCUGCAGAGGCCAUGUCUGGCACUUCACAAUGAAAGUGUCUGGAAUACCUGGCACUCAAAGGGUUAAUUAUGUGGACAAAUCGGACCUUAUCGUUAACCCUUUGAGUGCCAACGUCCGAUUUUACCGGACGACAAAAGGUGUCUGAAAAGUGCCAACGUCCGAUUUUACCAGACG